AUGACACUCCACGAGGUCAGCAACAUUUCCGAAGAUUUCAUUCCUGCCACCGCUGCCAUGACGAUUAGAGCUGCCAAGUUCACUCCAGAAGUGCUUCUUUCUGCGCCUCGCCGGUCCGAGGGCGCCCCAAACUCCGAUGCGUCCAAGAUAUUGUAUGCGGUGUCGACAUACAGCUUCUCAGAACAUAUAACAAAGAAAGAGAUUCGUGUUUUGGAUGUUGCGAGCCAGCAGAGUGGUCUUGUGACGGAUGAUAAGUCGUACAGCGAGCCUACUUGGCUUGAUGAUGAGACGGUGUUGUUGCUGAAGUCGAACGAUGAUGGUACCACAGAUCUUGUCGUCGGCUCUCCUCGGAAGUUCGAACAGAGUAAACAUACGGCAGGUACCAUUCAAGGACCCGUCAACGAUUUGAAGAUCUACGACCUCGGCAGUGGCCACUUUGCGUUCGCGGUCGUUGGCAAAGCAAAGCCUGAUGGCACGCUCCUUAAUCCCGAGAAGGCUGAAAAACCGCAUACGUCUGGGAAGCUGUACAAAUCCGGUUUCGUCCGACAUUGGGAUCACUACGUUACGGAGAACCGCAACGCGAUAUGGCUCGGCAAGCUACGCCAGAAGAAGACUUCCGACUGCAACGUGUUCGUGUUGCAACAUGAACCAAAGAAUGCACUGAAAGGAACGCCUCUCGAGAGCCCAAUUGAGCCUUUUGGUGGCAAGGAUCAUUUCGAUAUCUCAAGGCAUGGUCUUGUCUUCACGUCCAAGGAUCCAGACGUUAACCCUGCUACACAUACCAAGACUAACAUUUACGUUUCCGCUUCUGAGAGCUUCUGGGAUGAUCUGCAUUCGAAAGAUAUCCCGGAGAUUCAAAAGGCAACGAUUGAAGGCUUCGAAGGCGCUAGCACAUCUCCAGUGUGGUCAAACUCAGGCAGUAUGGUCGCCUUCCUGUCAAUGAAGACUGACGGCUACGAGUCGGACAAGAAUCAAGCCUUCAUCAUGCACGACUACACGAAACCAUCGCAACUCACUCCGCUAUAUGCUUCUCAAGAUGGCAAAGGAAGGUGGGAUCGGAGCCCACAGUCGAUAUCCUGGAGCCCUGAUGACUGGAAACUGUACUUCACUGCGGAGGAACAUGGUAGAGGAAACUUGUACAGCGCUGGACCCCCCAAGCCUGGACCCGAGGAACAACCUUUGCCUUCGCUGCUCGUGAAAGGUGGGACUAUCGGCUCAGUGCAAGUCCUCAAGAAUGGCGACCUAUUUCUCUCUUCAAACAGUUUGAUCGAGAACUCCUUGUACUCGCUUCUACCUCUAAGCGCUCAUCCCGAUGGUGGGGUUUUGUACACCUUUCCCAUUGAUGACCGACCAUACGACUCAGACGCUGACAAUCUGACAACUAAGUACAUUUCUUCGAACACGCGCUCAGGCUCUACUUUUGGCCUGUCGCGUAACCAGGUUGACGAGAUUCAUUGGGACGGUGCGGCCCCUGAUACGAAGGUUCAUGCAUGGGUUGUGAAGCCUAGCGAUUUCUCAGAAGAUAAGACGUACCCACUCGCGUAUCUUGUACAUGGAGGACCACAAGGUGCCUGGACAGAUGGUUGGAGCACACGAUGGAACCCAGCGGUAUUUGCAGAGCAAGGCUAUGUCGUUAUAUGUCCAAACCCUACCGGAAGUACCUCUUACGGCCAAGCCUUCACCGACGCCAUCCAACAUCAAUGGGGUGGUCUUCCCUACGAGGACCUUGUGCUAGGAUUCGACUACAUCAAAUCACAUGUUAAUUACGUCGACACUACUCGCGCUGUGGCACUCGGCGCCUCAUACGGUGGCUACAUGAUGAACUGGAUUCAAGGCCACCCUCUUGGCCGCGAAUUCAAAGCCUUGGUAACUCACGACGGUGUCUUCAGCAUGACUGGCCAAAUGGCGUCCGAAGAACUCUACUUCCCAUUCCACGACAUCGGCGGCACACUUUGGAAGAACCCUGAGAGCUGGGACAAGUGGGAUCCUUCCAAGUUCACAGAGAACUGGGCAACGCCUCAUCUUAUUAUUCAUUCCGAACUCGACUACAGGCUGACUAUCAGUGAGGGACUAGCCGCCUUCAAUGUGCUGCAGUGUAAGGGGGUGGAGAGCCAGUUUCUGACUUUCCCGGAUGAGAACCAUUGGGUCCUCAAGCCGGAGAAUGGGUUGAUGUGGCAUCAGGUUGUGUUGGAUUGGAUUAACGAGCAUGUUGGGUUGGAGAAGUACACUGAGAGUGGAAGGCGAUGAGUAGUGGGUGAGGUUGCUGGUGGCAUGACGGUAUAUGAUUGAUGAGACUGGAUGGACAUGAUUGGCGUUUUUGCCAUUUGAACUGCUGAUAAAACUAUGUCUCUUAAGUACACGAUAUCAAAA